CAGACAUCGAGAGGCCGGAGAUGCGCAGGACCGGUCUUCUUCAGAGGUCUUUUCCUGUGACGGAGCCUGUAAAACUGGUGCACAGAAGCUGUGGAACCAGGAUGUCAUUGCGGCAAAAGAUGACAGCGGAACCUCCUCAGUUAACCCUUUGGGUGAAGGCCGGUACAUCAGGAGGAUGGUCCGACUGAGCAGCACUGCUUGGGAGCUCCUGACAUGCAGGAAACCGUGACGUUUCACAAUCAGAAAGAUGGUGUAAGAGGAGGGGGGAGGAUUCCACCACCAGGGCGGAGCAGCUUCCUCACACCGCGUGUGAAGGACUGAACAUCUCAGCGUCUGCAGAUCUAAAGAUCCGAACGUCAGAAGACCGAAACGUCUCAGCCUCUGAAGGAAGGAAGAUCCGAAGCUCUGACAGGAUGAAGGUCUGAGCGCCUCAACAACAUCUCAACCCGGAAAGAUCUAGUGAACGUCUCCUGAAGUUGAGCAGCGGCACAAAAUCGAGGAUUCAACGAACAUCUCUCUCAGCCUGGCUGAGAGUCUCCAGCAGCAGGACCGAAGCGGAUCUGCAGCUGUUCCUCCGAGAAGAUCUUCAAGCAGGACCUGACGGGGCAGGACGGAAUUUGUUCGAUGGAGCAAAACGUCGCGCAGCCCGAGCUGCUGUCGGUGACCAGAAGAGUCGAAGGUGUUUCGACGUGAAACUAAAGAGCUGCGAGAACCUGAAAACCACACUUGCGUUUCCAGUGGCGUUGCUCCCGGUGAUCCCCAGAUCGAGCUCAACGAGCCCAUGGAUUCCACCUCUCCCGCACACCGGGACUCCCUCACCAACGGCACCCUGACUGCGUUGGAAAACACAGCCGAGGACACGGUGAACAACAGCGUGAACAAAACGUUCCUGGACUCGCAGUUCAGGUACACUGCCUUCCCCAUCUUCUACAGCUUCGUCUUUACUUUUGGUCUGAUGGGCAACUGCUACGUACUCUAUAUCCUGCGCAACAUUCGCGAGACCAAGGCCAUCAAUGAGAUCCGCAUCUACAUGACCAACCUCACGAUCGCCGACCUGCUCUUCGUGGUGGCCCUGCCCCUCUGGAUCGACUACUACAGCCAAAAAGGCAACUGGCGCUUUGGGGACGGAUUGUGUCGGAUCACUGGCGCUAUGUUCUUCAUCAACACCUACUGUUCCAUCCUCUUCCUCUCUGUGAUCAGCUUCAAUCGCUACUGGGUGGUGACCCGACCGUUGGACGCCGCUUCCUCCGACCGCAGGCUCCAGGGGAUUCUGGUUUCUGCGGUGAUCUGGCUGGUCGUCUUAUGUGCAUCUAUUCCCUACCUUGUCACGAAGAGUCUCAAUAAGGACGGGAAUUUCGAACGCUGCUUUGAAGGCUACCAUGAGCAGGAUAGUGAUACAAGGAAAAACGUGGCCAUAACCCACUUCCUCAUCAUUGGUUUCUUCUUCCUGGUCUUCCUGCUUGUGGUUACGUGCAACGGGAUGAUUGCCUAUACCCUGCUUUCACAGUCGGGCUCCCCGCACAUCGCCCAGGGCAGUGGGCGAAGCCUGGGGCUCAAGAGGCGCGCUCUGGGAAUGGUGACCCUGGUGCUGGCUGUGUUUGUGGUCUGCUUUCUACCACACCAUGUGGUGCAGGGCCCCUGGACGCUGGCCGUGUUGGAUCUGGCGAUGAAGAAUGACACGUCCGUCAAGCAGAACUUAAAUGAUGCCCAUCAGAUCACGCUCAUGCUCAUGGGCCUCAACUGUCUCCUAGACCCGGUGAUCUACUGCUUCGCCACCCGCAUGUUCCGGAGUUACAUCUCGGCCCACUUCCAAAAGAUGAAGAAGCGACCGGUCUGUCCCAGCAACACCGUGUUCUCCUCUGUUGCCAUGGACUCUCACCGAAAGCACAGCACACUGGUGAGAUUGGGGAGCCUUUGAACAGGAGGUAGAACCCAGGAACGCACAGACACACAAGUACGGAAACGCAGUCAGAGACCAACAGAAAUAAGCAUACAGAUUUAACUUUGUCCGCGUGUUUCACAGCUACCCUAAACUAAGUGAGCCAGUAAGAACAGUGUGGGCUGGAUGGAUUCCCUUCGUUCAGUUCCACGUACAAACUGAUAAACCGCUUCGGUCUUGAGCUGCAAUGUAGAGGAAAUGAGGAAGAAAUUAAUGAAAUAAUGAAGAAAUUAACAGAGGACGUUACGCAUAACACAUCACAUCAAACAGUGGCGCUAAAAUUAAGAUUUUGUGCCGCGAGACAUCUGUGCCUGUAGCUCUCUCAGAUGGGUUAGAAGAUUCCUCAGUUGGGUUAGGAGAUCAAUAUCAGCUGGGUUAGGAGACCAGUCUCAGUUGGGUUAGGAGACCAGUCUCAGUUGGGUUAGGAGGAGAUCAGUCUCAGUUGGGUUAGAAGACCAAUCUCAGAUUGGUUAGGAGAUCAGUCUCAGUUGAGUUUGCGGUCCUGCUCUGUGGCAUCUCAACAAUCUAUCAAAAGACUGCGAUGCUUCCGAGUUGCGUUGACGCCUGGGUUUGGUGCUGCCGUUAGAUCCUCUGUUAGCAUCACCAGGCCGCUAUGAAAGAUUUGAAGGGCGGAACCUGUUGCUAGAAGGUUGAAGGUUCAAAGCCCAGAGUCUUAAAGGCCCUUCACCUCAACUACUUUAUUAAAUACAUGUACCAUAAACUGGGCCAAAACCAUUUCUAAUGUUACGUGAGCUACCGGAACUGUUAAACCAAUGGAACAAUUCACAUGUUCAUGUUGUUUUAUUGAGUCCUAUUGAUGGAUUAUUGCGUUUAAUGUAUAGAUUAAUUAUAUUAAUACGUUUGAGUGUUAGCAUCAGAGUUCAUCGUUGCUACUGCCAGCCUUGCGUGCCUCCUCAUUAGCAUAUAUGUAUGUAUGUAUGUACGUGCCAGUAUCUCAGAGAUGGUGGGAUUUUGAACAAGUGAAAGAGAUGAUGAUGAUGAUGAUGAUGAUGAUUUUGACAAUGACGAUGAGCGCAUCCCAAAUUGUAGGACGGAGUGUCCCUUUCGGCACCAGGGUACUCCGUUGUCCUUCUGCUAAAGAAUGCAGCACUUAAC